UCUCUCCCUCCCUUCUUUAGCCCAUCCUCUCUCUAGCUGCAUAUCUCUCCCUAUUUUUUUUUAUAGAUAGAGAGAGAGAUAGAAAGAGAGAGAGAUGGGUAGCAUGGGAGAUGUGGAGAGGGGGAUUAAGGUUGAAGCCAGAAAGGAGAGAGAGGUGAUCAGAGAGCCUCUGAUUCAGCAGAACAGCAAGGAGGUGGGCUCAAGUGAUGGAGAGACCAACAGCAACAGUAGUUGCAAGAGUGCUCAUCAGGAUUCCAUAUGGAUGGUCUUGCUUAGCACUGCUGUUGCUGUUUGUGGCUCCUUUGAGUUUGGAUCAUGUGUGGGUUAUUCUGCACCAACUCAAUCGGGGAUUAUAAGAGAUAUUGGGCUGUCCCUGUCGGAGUAUUCAAUUUUCGGUUCGAUACUGACAAUUGGUGCGAUGAUUGGUGCGGUGACAAGCGGGCGCAUUGCUGAUUUUAUCGGACGCAAGAAGGCAAUGAGAAUAGCUGCUUUAAUCUGCAUUGUUGGAUGGCUUGCCAUUUAUUUUGCAAAGGGUGCUUUAAUGCUGUACUUCGGGAGGCUUUCGUCAGGCUAUGGAAUUGGAGUUCUUUCUUAUGUGGUACCUAUAUUCAUUGCUGAAAUAGCACCGAAAAAUCUACGAGGAGGACUCGCGACUUUGAACCAGCUGCUGAUAUGCACCGGAGCAUCGGUUUCUUUCAUAGUCGGCACACUUGUUACUUGGCGCACUCUAGUAUCGAUCGGAGUGGUGCCAUGCAUUGUUCUACUUGUGGGUCUCUUUUUCAUUCCAGAAUCUCCGAGAUGGCUGGCGAAAGUUGGCCAACAAAAAGAGUUUCAAGUUGCCUUACGAAAACUUCGAGGAAAGAAUGCUGAUAUAACCGAAGAAGCGACAGAAAUUCAGGAAUAUAUCGAAUCUCUUCAAAACCUUCCUCAGGCCAAUUUGCUUCAGCUAUUUCAGAGUCAGCACAUUAGAGCUGUCAUUGUAGGUGUUGGGCUAAUGGUCUUUCAACAAUUGGGAGGGGUCAAUGGGGUUGGAUUUUAUGCAAGCCAGAUCUUUGUAUCCGCAGGGUUUUCUUCGGGAAACCUCGGAACUAUUUUGAUGGGCUGUAUUCAGGUUCCUGUCACAAUGUUGGGAGCUAUUCUUAUGGACAGGAGCGGCCGGAGACCCCUUUUGAUGAUUUCUGCAACAGGAACAUUUGCUGGUACCUUUUUGACAGGUUUAUCAUUUUAUUUGAAGGGACAAGGGGUGUGUGCAGAGUGGGUUCCUACACUAGCUCUUUCCGGUAUAUUGGUCUAUAUGGGUGCAUUCUCAAUCGGAAUGGGAGCUGUUCCUUGGGUCAUCAUGUCUGAGAUAUUCUCCAUCAAUAUAAAAGCAAUUGGUGGAAGCUUGGUGACUUUAGUGAACUGGUUUGGCUCCUUCGCAAUCUCUUACGCAUUCAACUUCCUUAUGACUUGGAGCUCUGCAGGUACUUUUUUCUUGUUCUCUGCGGUGAGUGCGGUAACUGUGUUAUUUGUGGCGAGGGUUGUACCAGAAACUAAAGGAAAGACAUUAGAAGAGAUCCAAGCUUCACUAAGUUCACACAGAUAGAAUUGGAAAAACGUACUUCGUCAUCUUUGAUCAUUCUUGGGGAGUGACUGGGGUAAAUUUUGGUUGUCUUAUGUACGAUGAUGAUGGUAAAAAUGGAAGAGAGCAAAAUGAGGGCUACUGUCUCAAAAUUUUUAAUUUUAAAUAGAAUCCUCCAUCUUUCAUAUUUUGGGGGUAAUUUAUACUUUUGUACCCAAACUAUAAAGUGUGUGGUAUUUUAGUCCUUAAAUUUUAAUUUGUUGUAAUUUCUGAUU